AUGAGGUCACUAAUCAUCACCCUGUUCAUUUUCACUGGAUUUUUACGAGAAAGAGAUAUCAAAGAACAUAUUGAGACAUCGGAUUAUGUGACUAAAGGAUUCAACUACAUCAAGCUCAGUUUGCCAGUUUGCCCAGUGUCUGUUGAAAAGGCCGGUUAUGUAGAGGAUGUAGAGUGCGGCAAUACCCUGUUUGUACAGGAAGAGAUCAGACCAGUCCCUCUGCUGAUUCCUACAGACAUAAGAUGUGAUGGCUUGCGUUGUCCAAUUCCUCCUAUAGAGGGUCAGCUCACUAACCGAGAGCCAGAGCUGAGUAGCGCCAUCAUUCAGGAGUUCCAACUAAUUGUGCCUUAUAUUGAGACCCUCAUCAGCGAUACUGAGAAUGGCACUAGUGUGAAAGGAAUCAUUUUGGGCUUCUUGUUACCAGAAAUCUUUGCCUUUCUACUGGAAUUCUGUUAUGGACACUGGUCCAGCAGAAAGAAGGCAGAAAAAGAAAAAGAUGAGGCCCCUUCUGAGAGAGAGAAGGAAGGGCCACAACGUCCUGCUCUAACCCAUGAUAACAUGGAGGAAGAAUUUGGAGGCACAAAGAAAAAGAAAAAACAGCGCCACUCUGAGACUCAUGAUCACCAAGGCUCAGAGAAACCAAAGAGCAGUGAAAGAAUAACGGCAGAAGAGGAGACGGAAUUAAAGCAGCUUUUGCAACAGUUCAUCUGCCAAUGCUUGGAAGGAGAUUUCUAAAACUGUCUUGGAUCUGAUAAAGAUAUUAAAGUGUAUUUUUAAAAUAAAACUUUACUAAAAUGUAAUCUUUUUCUUUGUCUUUCUUUCUGUAAAAUGGUUUAUGUAAGAAAAGCACCGGGAGGGAACAGAUACAGGGUUAAAGGGUAACUCAGUGAGGGUCACUCUAUGUCUAAUCAAGGGAACAAUCACACAGGUAGUGUCAGGGCCUAACAAACCUUUCUACAGUGGAAUAGAAAUGACAGUUACACUUGUGUGGUGUUUAUACAAAGGGCCUGUAGGUGUCACUGUGUUUAAGA